AUGGCUGUCUUGCUUUCGCGGUUCCUCAUUUGGCACCCGUGGAUGGCUGGCGAUGGGCUGGAUAAGGCCAUGCAGGAGCACAUGCAGCAGCAUGAAGAGUAUCUGAAUCAACAGAUGACUUGGCUGCUUGAAGAGAUGGUGCAGAGCGCCCAGGAGCCGAGCGGGGCGGCCAGGGGAGCCCUGCUCUUCACUGUGGCUCAGCAGUGGCAGUUCUGGGCCUUGGUUGGAGGCCUGGUCCUGCUCCUUAGGUUCUGCUGGUGGUUCUGGAAGAUGACAUAUCAGAAGCUAGGGGAGUUUCUUCUAGGCCAUUUUAUGCUCUGUUGGCUCUACUGGUCACUCUUGAAGAGAAACCAUAAUCCAGGAGGCAGCAGUAAGCACGGCAGAAGGCUCGAGGAGGAGGAGGCGGAAGACUCAUUACCAAUGGACGGGUUUUGGGAGGAGCAGCUGUGGCCGCUGCCAAGCAGGGAAAGCACAUGCAUGAUGGUGGAAGAGCUGGUGAACGACCUCCUCUCUGAGUGCCAAAUACGGUCCGGCAAUGCCUUCGUGCCGCAGCUGCAGCCAGCUGUCGGGGUGGGCGGCUUCCAGAGUGCCCAUGGAAAAGACUUUGUCUAUAUCCUGCUUGUGCCCAUGAAGCCACCCCCCGGGCACUCCUUCCACCUCGAGCUGGGCACUGGAGGGGAGAUGCUGGUGAGGAACUCCCGCCUGCGAGUGGAACUGGAGUGCGUGUGCACAAGGGAACGGCAGCUGGGGGACAUGCUCUGCUUCCUCCACAGCCCUAGGGAGAAGCUAAUGAGCAGCCAGGGAGCCAGCCUCCUACAAAACUUCUGCACCGGCUCGUACCUUGACGUGCAGAAAACUGCCCUCUGGCUCCAGUACCUGAUGACAGCAGCCUCCAUUGCUGUGUGUGAGGAAAACGCAUACAAGCUGACGGUGCUGCCCUCCCCACGCUUCUGCAGGCUCAGGCUGAGCAGCUCCAACAUGACAUCCCUCACCAUUGAGCUGAUCUUGGUGGUGCCGGAAGGCAACUUGCACACAUUCGUGACCAUGGAGUAG